AUAACCUCAUUCAUUCCGCCAUUUGCAUUCGGUGCUGUAUUUAUUAUUGUUCGCUCGUGUGACGAGAUCAAGACUUCUCCACGCGUUGUUCAUGGUUCAAUGUGCCUCGUACACUCUUCAGCAUAACGUUUCACAGCAUUGAGUACCUACUGUGCUUUACAAAUUUAAUUCAGUGCUUCAGUUAUUACUACUUUGAUAGAUCAGUUGAAGGUGCUUGAAAUCGAAGUGUCUUCCUAGACCGUACGGCCGGAUUCUUGUACCGCUAAACUCUCAGCGUGAGGAUUACGAAGGUAACUUAAGUAUAAUGGUGCGGUUGAGAGGCCGAUCGUCUCGUGCACGAGGCUCCAGACGCGGCGGUGUUAGCCGGGGUGGCAUUGGACAAAUUAGUCGAGGCGGUGGCCGAGGUGGUAGAGGAGGAUCCUUCCCUGCACCUGGUAUGGUUAGACCUCGACCACCUGCAGUACCUCCAGGAUUCCUGGAACCUGAUUUCGGGUACGGACCACGAAUCCCUCCUAUGAUACCACCUCCAGUACCUGGACCAAGAGGUCUCCGACCUUAUCCACCUGUACACCCAGCUGUACCUUUUCCCCGGGCAAGACCUUUUCCGGGAGACUAUCCAGUGAGACAUCCAAUGGGAAUGCCACCAGUACCGCCAAGACCUAUGUUGCCUCCUGUGCCACCGUUCGUCAGAGGAAGAGGUGCUUUCCGAGGCUCACUGCCCAAAACUGGCAAAGCAUUCAACAAUGGCACUGUGAGUCAAGCUAGAGCUGCCAAGAAGAAACUGGCCAAAGCCAAGAAAAAUGAGGAGAAUGAUCCUUUUUACUGUGAAGCAUGCAAUCGAUCUUGGAAAACUGCGGAGGCAUUACAAGAACACAUCUCGGAACAUGAAGUUUGCGGAAGAGAGGGAUGCACCUUUACCGCUCAUCCAAAGAUCGUUGCCUUACAUGUACAGUUCCACCAUUUUACAGGAAUUUACAAGAAAAUUGCUAAUGUCCAAUCCCCUGAAGAUAUUGAAAAGUGGAUUGCUGAGCGCAAAAGUCGUUACCCAACAGACGCUAAUGUUGCCAUGCGGAAAGCAAAAAAAGAAGAAAUGAUAGAACGUGGAGAACGAGUUGAAGAAAGUAAAACUGACAGGCAUAAUCGACCCAAAAGAGGUGAGCAGCGGUCGCACAAGCCAAACUGGCGAGACAAACGUUUUGGACGGAGUGGUGAAGCAUCCUCAGAAAAUAAACCUACACCGAAGAAAAAUCAAGUAACUUUUGAUGAAGAUGAUAAUGACCCGAAAAAGGAUUGGAAUGGGAAUUUACCACCCUUCCAAGGUCUUCCAUGUUUGUCAACCAUAGACGUAGUUGAAAGCAAGAUAGAAACUCCUGAAAACCUGAACCAAUUAGAAAGUACUUCUUCUCACACUGACCCUGAUGCCAGCAUUAGCGAGGAUAUUGUUCACUCUUCGCCAGUUUCCAGCUCCAAUUGUGGUGUUGACGAACUGAAGAAUAACCCAAAAGAUGAAUCUUUCAGUGAAAGUGAAGAAGUCGCAAAUGUGGAACAUGUUUUCAAUUCUGAAACCGAUUCCACUCCAACAAUUAGCAAUGACAGUAAAAAUGUUACCUCAGAUGUGAAAGAAGAGAUUAAAGUAGCUCCAAAACGAAGUUCUAAUGAUUCUGACUCAUCCUCUGAUGUUAAAAUGAAGUUAGUGCCUUAUGAUGUUGGUACCAACGAAACCGAUGACUCAGAACCCGAAGAAUGUUCCAUAGUAAAAACUACUGAAAAUCAUCCAGCUGUAUCAUCAGACCUAGUUGUCAGCGACCCUGUAGAGACUAAAAAUUCCUCUGAAGUUGACACAGGGGUAAUCAAUUCUAAGUCUAGAAAGCGACAUCGGCAUCGAAAUAGUGGUGACAAACAGAAAGACACAACUGAAGAUUCAGUGAAGAAAGACAAUUGUUUUAAGAAAAAGAAAUUGACACUUCUAGAAAAGCUGUUGAGUAAGGAAAUUCGGCAUGAAAGGAAUGUGAUCCUCCAGUGCGUGCACUUUGUAGUAUCAAACGAUUUUUUUGAUUUUGAUAAACGACCAAGCCGGUGGGCAGAUGACUCCGACUCAGACUGCUCAUGUGAUUAUUAAUGGUGCUUUUCAAAUGAGUUUAACUGCAGCUGAGAUUUCCUCCCUCUUAUUUUUUUUUUACGUUGUUACCUCUAAUUUUUUUACAAAAUAAAAUUGAAUUUGAUUUUUU